AUGGUGCUGAACAAGGAAGUAGGAUGCUUCGGAUGUCGAGUGCCGAUGCGGCGGAUCAUUCGAUGGCUGUGGAUUCUGUGCGCCCUGGGAGUCCUCGUCACGCUCCCUCUGAUCAUCAUCGAGCUCAAUAGGAAGGACCACAACCUCCACUUCCGAGCGUGGUUCAUAGCGGGCCUCUUCGUGAUCCUCACGGUGCCCGUGACGCUCUACGAGGUCACCCUCCACAUGUGCUACUACACCAGGCCCCGGCUCCAGAAGCACGUCGUGCGGAUCCUGCUGAUGGUGCCCAUCUACAGCGUCGACGCGUGGUUCGCGCUGCGAUACAAGGACGCGAGCGUGUACCUCGGGACGAUCCGCGAGUGCUACGAGGCGUUCGUGAUCUACUCGUUCUACAUGUACCUCAUGAACUACCUCCAGGACACGCUCGGCGACAUCGAGGGCCACUUCACCGCCAAGGGCCCUAUCGACCACGUCUGGCCGCUCAACGGCGUGCUCCGGCCCUGGUCCGGCCGCGAGUUCCUCUGGGCCACGCGCAAGGGCAUCCUCAACUACGUCAUCGUCCGCCCGCUCAUGACCGCCGUCGGCCUCGCAGCGAUGUCGAUGGACAAGUUUGGAUCAGGGCAGUUCCGACCCGACGUCUUCUACCCCUACUUCGUCACCGUGAACUCCGCGAGCCAGAUGUGGGCGCUCUACUGCCUCAUCGCGUUCUACUACGCCGCGCACGACGAGCUCGCGCCGAUCCGCCCGCUCUCGAAGUUUGUGUGCGUGAAGUCGGUGGUGUUCUUCUCGUUCUGGCAGUCCGUCGCGCUCGCGCUCGCGGUCAAGGCCGGGCUCAUCAGCGAGAAGAGCUCCUGGACGACGUACGACGCCACGGACGUCGCGGCGGGCGUCCAGGACUUCAUGAUUUGCGUCGAGAUGCUCUUCGCGGCGCUGGCGCACGCGCACGCCUUCCCGCCGCGGGACUACAUGACGGAGAACCCCCCGCCGCGCGGGUUCCGCGAGAACGUCCGCGAGAUGUUCGACUGGGGCGACCUCAUGGACGACGUCCACCUCGGGCUCACGGACUACCGCGACGAGGCCGUGCGGGGCAUGACGGCCGCGGGGAGCACGGUGAUGAAGGCGACGAUGCUGCCGGUCGACCUCGUGCGCGGCGUGAUCGUGCCGCAGGGGUACAGGGGCGCGGGCAAGGCGCGGGCGAAGAAGGCGCGGAAGCAAGGCCCCGCGGAGUUCGAGGAGUUUACGCAGGCGGCGCAGGACUCGUCGGACGAGGGGGGGGUGUUCGGGGAGUCGCUGGAGCACGAGAUGGCGAGGUGA